UUCAAUUUGAUGCAAAUUGGACAAAUUUUGCAAACGUUGGCGAUUGCUCCUUUCGAGCCACCUUCCGCACAUAUCGCUCACUUCUACUCGCAGUUUGAUCAGAAGUCAAUGCCUCGUGUUGUACAGUGUGUUCUUACGUCGCACGGUGAUUCGGUGGACAGUCUGUUUGCGGUGAGCACCGAAUCACCACCACAACCUGUGCGGAAGGGCCAGUUGCGGUCUUUAUCGGUGGAUACUUUGAUGAUCGCGAUGCGAUACUAUAGUGCGGAAUGCCUGCCAAGCUUGCCUUGUUCGCUUGGUUUUUGCAAGAUCGGUGGCUUGCUCAAAAAGUUAUGA